AUGGUGCUGUCCCUAAAGAUUACUUUGACUAUAGUCCUUGUCCUUUCCAUUGUAUCCAUAGUUUCCCUUGCUGAAACAAGCUUGGAUGUUGAAAUUGAAUCGUUGAAAGCUUUCAAGAACUCCAUCACUGGUGACCCAAAUGGUGCUCUAGCAGACUGGGUUGACAGUCAUAAUCACUGCAACUGGUCUGGCAUUGCAUGUGACCCAUCUUCAAAUCAUGUCAUUUCAAUUUCUCUGGUUAGUCUUCAACUCCAAGGGGAGAUUUCUCCUUUCCUUGGGAACAUUUCAGGCCUUCAGGUUUUUGACAUCACUUCAAACUCAUUCACUGGCUACAUUCCUGCUCAGCUCAGUCUUUGCACUCAACUUACUCAGCUGAUUCUUGUUGAUAAUUCUCUCUCAGGUCCUAUCCCUCCUGAAUUAGGAAACUUUAAAAGCCUACAGUAUUUGGAUUUAGGUAGCAACUACUUGAAUGGAAGCCUCCCUGACAGCAUAUUCAACUGCACUUCUUUGUUAGGUAUUGCUUUCAAUUUCAACAACCUUACUGGCAGAAUCCCAUCAAACAUUGGGAAUCUAGUUAACCUUGAACAGGUUGCAGGUUUUGGAAAUAAUUUGGUAGGAUCUAUACCGCUUUCCGUAGGUCAGUUACGAGGCUUGAGAGCUCUUGAUUUUAGCCAAAACAAGUUAUCAGGUGUAAUACCUCGAGAGAUUGGAAACCUGCCAAAAUUAGAAUACCUUGAAUUGUUCCAAAAUUCCUUGAGUGGUAAAAUUCCUUUUGAGCUUGGUAAGUGUAGCAAUCUUGUAAGCCUUGAGUUAUCCACCAAUCAGCUUAUUGGAAGUAUUCCUCCUGAGCUAGGAAAUUUAGUUCAGUUGCAGACACUGAAGUUACAUCAGAAUAAUUUGAAUUCCACCAUCCCAUCUUCCAUAUUCCAGUUGAAAUCAUUGACACAUUUAGGCCUCUCACAGAAUAACUUAGAGGGAACAAUAUCUUCUGAGAUUGGAUAUAUGAACUCCUUGCAAGUUCUAACCCUGCAUUUGAAUAAGUUAACUGGGGGGAUCCCUUCAUCAAUAACAAACUUGACAAACUUGACAUAUCUGUCAAUGAGCCAGAAUCUUUUCUCAGGUGAACUUCCUUCAAACUUGGGUGUGCUUCAUAAUUUGCAGUUUCUUGUUUUGAGCAACAACUAUCUUAAUGGAUCCAUUCCCCCUAGCAUUACCAAUUGUACGAGACUGGUAAAUGUAAGUUUGUCUUUUAAUGCUUUAAGUGGGAAAAUUCCUGAGGGUUUUUCCAGGUCGCCUAAUCUUACUUUCCUGUCUCUUGCGUCCAACAAAAUGACUGGGGAAAUCCCAGAUGACCUCUAUAACUGCUCAAAUCUUAGCUCUCUAAGUUUGGCAAUGAAUAACUUUAGUGGAUUGAUAAAUUCAGGUAUCCAGAACCUGUCUAAACUUCAGCGCUUACAGCUGAAUGUAAAUUCUUUCAUAGGACCCAUUCCACCAGAGAUUGGAAACUUGAAUCAACUCAUCACUCUAUCCCUCUCUGAAAAUAAGUUUUCUGGUCAAAUUCCUCCAGAACUGUCUAAACUUUCCCGCCUUCAGGGGCUCACUCUUCAUGCCAAUGAAUUAGAAGGUACAAUACCUGAUAACCUCUCCGAAAUAAAAGCACUAACCAAACUUUUCCUGCAUCAAAACAAGUUGGUUGGUCAAAUACCUGAUACUCUCUCAAAACUUAAGAUGCUUUCCUACUUAGACCUUCAUGGCAACAAACUUAAUGGAUCCAUUCCAAGAAGCAUGGGGAAGCUAAAUCAACUUUUAGUUUUGGAUCUCUCCCACAACCAGCUCACAGGAUCAAUUCCUGGAGAUGUCAUAGCAAACUUCAAAAGCAUGCAAAUGUAUCUUAACAUUUCUUACAACCACUUGGUUGGAAAUGUUUCAACUGAGUUGGGCAUGUUGGAAAUGAUACAAGCUAUUGACAUUUCAAACAAUAAUCUUUCGGGUUUCAUUCCUAAAACACUUGUUGGGUGCAGAAAUCUAUUCAAUCUUGAUUUUUCAGGAAACAGUAUUUCAGGUCCUAUUCCCGCUGAAGCAUUUAGUCGCAUGGACUUGCUUGAAAGCUUAAACCUCUCAAGAAAUCAUUUAGAUGGUGAAAUCCCUGAAAUAUUGACAGAACUUGACCAUCUUAGUUCCCUGGAUCUUUCUCAGAAUGACUUGAAGGGAAUUAUUCCUGAGGGUUUUGCCAACCUUUCCAAUUUGGUGCAUCUCAACCUUUCCUUCAAUCAACUUGAAGGUCCGGUGCCUAAGACCGGAGUAUUUGCACACAUCAAUGCAUCUAGUAUGAUGGGAAACCAGGAUCUUUGUGGAGCUAAGUUCCUAUCGCCAUGCAGGGAGACAAAACAUUUACUUUCCAAGAAGGCCAUAUUUAUAAUUGCUUCACUUGGAUCUCUAGCUAUACUACUAGUGUUAGUGCUUCUAAUUCUCAGUCGUGGCACCAAACUCUGUAAUUUUAAAGAAAGAGAUAUCAGUGUAAAUCAUGAACCAGACUACACUUCAGCAUUGGCACUUAAAAGGUUCAUUCCAAAGGAAUUGGAGAAUGCCACCGGAUUUUUCAGUGCAGAUAGCAUCAUUGGUGCUAGCAGUUUGAGCACAGUUUACAAGGGUCAAAUGGAAGAUGGCCAAGUUGUUGCCAUCAAAAGAUUGAAUUUGCAACAAUUCUCUGCAAAUACUGACAAGAUCUUCAAGAGAGAAGCCAACACCUUGAGCCAGAUGAGACAUAGGAAUUUGGUCAAGGUACUUGGAUAUGCCUGGCAGAGCGGGAAAAUGAAGGCUUUGGUUUUAGAGUACAUGGAAAAUGGAAAUUUAGAUAGCAUCAUACAUGGCAACAGGGUAGAUGAGUCUGCAAUCUCUAGGUGGACAUUAUCUGAAAGAGUCCGAGUCUUCAUAUCUAUUGCUAAAGCAUUGGAAUAUUUGCACGCGGGUUAUCAUUUUCCCAUUGUACACUGUGAUUUAAAGCCUUCUAACAUUCUAUUAGAUAGAGAGUGGGAAGCUCAUGUAAGUGACUUUGGGACAGCUCGAAUACUUGGUCUUCGUCUGCAAGAUGGUACCCUUUCGUCAACAGCAGCUGUGCAAGGCACAGUUGGCUACAUGGCACCAGAAUUUGCCUACACGAGGAAAGUAACCACUAAAGCAGACGUGUUCAGCUUCGGUAUCAUAGUAAUGGAGUUCCUAACAAAAAGAAGACCAACAGGACUCUCGGAAGAGGAUGGUUCGCCAAUCACUUUGCGUGAAUUAGUGGCUAAAGCAAUUGCAAAUGGAAUAGAACAGUUUGUCAAUAUUGUGGAUCCUUCGUUGACCUGGAAUGUCACAAAAGACAAUGAUGAAGUGUUGGCAGAGCUCUUAAAGCUAUCCCUGUGCUGCACCCUCCCUGGUCCUGAACAGAGACCCAAUUCGAAUGAGGUGUUAUCUGUCCUUUUGAAGCUUCAAACAACACUGUCUUCUUAA